AUGAAGCUGUCAGGUACCGCCUUGGCAGCCUCCGGCCUUCUGGUCGCUUCGGCAUCCUCGGCGCUUGCAGCUCCCGCCGCUUCGUCGUCGUCAUCCGCCUCCACUGUCAACGCUGGCGGUGCUGCUGCGAGCAAGCGAUCUGCUCCGAUUCAUAUCCCCAUCCGCAAGCGCGAGACGGUCAAGCGUUCGGGCAACGAGCUGCUCGAAUGGGCCAACGAGCAGAAAGCCAUCCUGCAGAACAAGUACGGACUCCCCUCGGCCGGUGCAUCCAGCAAGGCACGUCGAGCCCAGGGAACCGCCCUCACCAACGUCCAGUACGACAGUACCUGGGUCGCCACCGUCACUGGCGGCACACCGUCAAAGGACUACGAGGUGGUGCUCGACACCGGCUCGGCCGACUUCUGGAUCGCCUCGGAAUACUACCAGCCCAGCUCGAGCAGCACUUUCCAGAACCGCUCCACCGCAUUCAACGUCCAGUAUGGCUCGGGACAGGUGGCCGGCUACGAGGCAUCCGAUACGUUCUCGCUCGCCGGCACCACUGUGCAGGACACCCGCUUCGCCGUGGCAGACCAGGUGUCGUCCGGUCUGGUGAGCGGCAACAUGGAGGGCAUCAUGGGCAUGGGCUUCCAGAAGCUCGCAGCAUCGGGCGAGCCGCCGCUCUGGGUCGCGGCCAACGUCGACACCUUCUCCUUUUACUUAGAGAGGGCGUCGCUCACAUCAAACAACCAGGAGCAGGCAGGCGGCAUCUUUACGCUCGGCGGCACCAACUCGAGUCUGUACCAGGGCAACAUCAGCUACAACACGCUCAUCGAGGAGCUCUACUGGAUGGUGCGUCUGGGCGGUAUCGGAGCGCGCGGUAGCGACGUGAGCCUCGACGGUCUCACACGAGCCGCCAUCGACACGGGCACCACGCUCGUUGGCGGACCCAACUCGGUGGUGCAGUCGUUUUACGCCAACAUCCCAGGCUCGCAGUCGCAGGGCAACGGCUACUACUCGUUCCCGUGCCGACAGACGAUCGACGCCACGCUGACGUUUGGCAACCAGCAGUACACCAUUCCCGACUCGGACUUUGUUGCGGGCACGCUCGACCAGUCUGGCUCGCAGUGCCUGGGUGCGUUCUUUGGGCUGGGUUCGUCGUCGCAGACUGACCUGCAGUGGAUUGUGGGCGACGCGUUCCUCAAGAACGUCUACUCGGUCUUCACCACCUCGGGCAGCAACGGCGCCGCGGUCGGCUUUGCCAGCCUCGCGUCGGGCCUCAACUCGGGCACCAACUCCAAGACGGUCUCGACGUCGAGCACGGGCGCGACGAGUGCGGCGUCGACCACAGCGCAGCGCACGAGCAUGCUCUCGCUGGCUGCGGUGCUCGCCGUGCCUCUGAUCGCCGCUCUGGCUCUGUAA